AUGCCUCAGAGUCCGAUUCAGUUCAUGAUCUCACUCGCAUUCAAUCCCUUUGCCUCCCAGCCUCUCAUAUUCUUUAUAUCUGAUUUCGUCUCCCUUCUACCUUUCCAACGACCCCUCAUAUGCCUCAUUCCGCCCAGAACUCAUCCUGCUAUGCACAUAUCUCUUUUCACUAACCCAACCAACUCCAAUGCCGUAGCCAACUCUGGUGCCGUACCUCCUUCUGGAUUGUUCCCAACUCUGAGUUUCUUGUCUGUCUGCAAGUUACGUUCGCUGCAACCCACUUCUGCACCUUCACCUAACCCUCAGGUGCAUGAGAGCUUCCCUCUUAGGACGGAUCCUCACAGACAUUUUGGAAUGUCUUACUCCAUGUUAAGGCAGCGUAGGGAGUAA